AUGCAAGGGACCUCACCGGAGGCACGUUCUCCGUCGCCUUUUGGCUAUCUGAAGGAGGCAAGUUUGAUCAUUCCUGGAUCGUCGCUGCUUCACAUUGUUCCUGUUGCAUCCAUUUCACUUCUUCAACAAGUGCCAUCCCAAACUGGGUCGAACCUCAUUGUCUGUUUCCAGGUCGUCGUGUUCGGAAAUGAAUUACAGGCUUCCCUCAACUCCGUCGUCGGCCAAAAGCCACUCCCGCAGACCCUCUUUCUUUCACCAAAGGUCCAAAUCCCUCUCCUACGACGAGCUUCCUCCAGUUUUCCGCAGCGUUCCGUGUCGUCGAAAAUCUAUCGGCAACUUCAAGUGCCGGUGGGUCAGCGGGAGGUGAUGAUCAAUGACAUUGUCGGAAAUGGAAUAUCAGGCAUAUUAUAUAAGUGGAUCAAUUAUGGUCGAGGUUGGCAACCUCGUUGGUUCGUUCUUCUCGAUGGCGUUCUUUCUUAUUACAAAAUCAAUGGUCCCCGUAUGGUCGUGCUCAGUCGUGAAGUCGAAACGGGGUCCUUGCUUAUUGGAUUAGACAGUCUCUGUGGAACAAAUUUUCGUCGCGGUCGCUCAUCUCGCCACUGCAAGCCCGUCGGAGAAAUCCAUCUCAUGGUCUGUUCAAUUCAAGAGAGUAAAUCAGAUGAGAGGAGGUUUUCUAUACAUACAGGGACGAAGAAGAGGCUACAAUUGCGGGCGGAGACCAGGGAGGACAAGAAAGCAUGGGUGGAGGCAUUGCAGGCCGCAAAAGAUAUGUUCCCUCGUUUGUCAAAUGCUGAGAUUAUGGCUCCAGCAGAAUCUGUUGUAAUUUCCACCGCGAAAUUAAGGCAACGCCUCCUAGAAGAAGGCAUCAGCGAGGCUGCUAUUCAUGAUAGUGAACACAUCAUGAGAGACCAGCUUACUGAGAUGUAUAAGGAGAUUGUGGUCCUCAAGAACAAGCAAAUGCAACUAGUGGACGCUUUACGCAAUUUGGAGACAGAAAAGGUGGACCUGGAGAACACCUUUGUCCAUGAAAGCCGAAAGCAGUCAAAAGAGGACGGAGAUUCCUUUAGAUCAGUCUACGAGAAGUAUAGCGAGGGGAGUGUAAGCGAUUUUUUUGAUGAGCUUGAUUGGCAUGAUGAUUCCGAUGAUGACUAUGAUGCCUUCUUCGAUUCAAGUGACAUUCUUUCACCAGUCAGUGAUAAAAAUAAUGGAUCUGAGUUAGAUAGAUCAUCACUUGAUUCUGGAGAAGAAGUGACUCGUAAUGGUGAAUGCAAAGCAAAUUUAAGUAUAGGGUCUGUUGGGUUCAACUAUCUUCAUGUCAAGCGGCGAAAGAAGUUGCCCGAUCCUGUUGAGAAAGAGAGGAGAAUCAGUCUGUGGUCAAUUUUAAAGGAUAAUAUUGGGAAGGAUCUCACUAGAGUUUGUCUGCCGGUUUACUUCAAUGAGCCCCUCUCCUCUUUACAGAAAUGCUUUGAAGAUCUGGAGUACUCUUAUCUUCUAGAUCAAGCAUAUUUGUGGGGUAAAAUGGGCAACAACCUUAUGAGGAUGCUAUAUGUAGCUGCAUUUGCAAUUUCAAGUUAUGCUUCCACAGAGGGUAGAACUUACAAACCGUUUAAUCCUUUGUUGGGUGAGACAUAUGAAGCUGAUUAUCCGGACAAGGGAAUCCGCUUUAUCUCUGAAAAGGUCAGUCAUCAUCCUAUGGUUAUUGCAUGCCACUGUGAGGGCAGCUGUUGGAAAUUUUGGGGUGACAUCAAUGUAAAAAGUAAAUUUUGGGGUCGUUCAAUUCAGAUUGAUCCUAUGGGUUUAUUGACUUUAGAGUUUGACGACGGACAAGUCUUUCGGUGGAGUAAGGUAACAACAUCCAUUUACAACCUCAUUUUAGGGAAACUCUACUGUGAUAAUUAUGGUACAAUGAGUAUAGAGGCGGAUCGAGAGUAUUCAUGCAAGGUUAAAUUCAAGGAGCAGUCAAUCAUCAACAGAAACCCUCACCAGGUGCACGGCCAAGUGGCAGAUAAGAAAGGUAGAACAGUGGCAACUUUACGAGGGAAGUGGGACGAGAGCUUGCAUUAUGUAGUUGGAGACAAUGCUAGGAAAGGAAAAGGUUCCGUUGUCUCCUCAAAACCUCAUCUUCUAUGGAAGCGGAGCGAACCACCCGAACACCCUACAAGAUAUAAUCUUACACAGUUCGGAAUUACAUUAAAUGAAAUCACACCUGAGCUCAGGGAGAAGCUGCCACCUACGGAUUCGAGGCUAAGACCCGAUCAAAGGUAUUUGGAGAAUGGAUUAUAUGAGAUGGCUAAUACUGAGAAGUUGCGGCUGGAAAAAAUACAGCGGCAGGCAUUGACAACGCAAAAGAAAGGUUGGAAGCCAAGGUGGUUUGGGAAGGCCAAAGGCAGCAAUACCUACCGUUAUGUUGGAGGAUACUGGGAGGCCAGGGAACAAGGGAACUGGGAAUCCUGCCCUCGUCUAUUUGAAUAG